CAAUCUUGAUAUCAAUAUAUAAAUUCACCAUUGAGAUCAGAUCAAGAAGUGAGAAGAGGAAAACAAGUUCUUGGAAUAUAUAACAUAUUCUAGACUUUAACCAUCAAUUUAAACUUUUAGUCGGUGAGUUGGUACCGUGACAUAGUAUCAGAGCUAACGUGAUAAGAGGCCACGGUACAAAUCUCAUUCAAUCUUAAAUUCAAGUGUAAUAUUUAAUGGCAGAUUAUAUGAGAAGGGUUUGUGUUAUAUUCACAAUUCUAAUCUAAAGGCAUUUUGUGUAAGGGGGCGUAUUAGAAAGUAAUAUAUACAACAAUUUCUACCAUCAGCUAAAACUUUUUGCCGAGUUGGUUCGUUGACACUAUAUGUUGACGUUAGCCACUAUGGCUUGUCAUCCACUUUUGACAGGAAUAGGUGUGCAGCUUCGUAAUUUCAAGCAUGGGUUCUCAAGCAGUCAAAUUCAAACCUUGGCUUCAAUGUGUGAAGCUUUGGUUCCUCCUCUUCCACCUUCUUGUGUGAGUGAAGAAAUUAAGUCUGCUUAUUCUCAAGAAGCUAUUUAUUCUUUUUUUGGAGCUUCUGCUUCUCAGCCUUCUGUCCCAGACGAGGUGGCAGAGCUAAUAGCAAAGCGGGGUUUGCCAGAGGCAGUAAUUCUAAUCAAAGUUGUACUGAGGCUACUAUCAACCAGACCAGGAACAUUGUUGCUUUGUGGGCCGUUAUGCAUGGACCAUAAAUUUCCUUAUAUUCGCAAAUACUCAGAGAUGACUCUAAACAACAGAGAAAAGUUGCUGCAAAGUUGGUGUAGAGAAAGCAACAUAACUCCUUUAAGAGCUGUUUUUCUGUUCAUCAAAGUUGUUUGUUGCUUCAUCUUCUUCUCUCGGAUUGAUGACAAAGCAACAAAUCCAAAUUGGGAAGCCAUAGGCUACAAAGUUGAUUCAAGAAAGCCAUCAAUCAGGCCCAAAGAAAGAUCAAGACCACUCCAGAAGGGUAUAAUCAACUGUAACAACAUAAACAAUGAUUCUCUAGUCCAAGCUCUUACAGAAAAAGGCCUAGAAGUUACACAAGUUCCAAACCAAAACACAAUAAAGAUAAAAUGUGAUGUUGUUAUAGUAGGCUCAGGAUGUGGUGGAGGAGUAGCAGCAGGAAUUCUCGCAAAACAUGGCCUAAAAGUAAUCAUCCUUGAAAAAGGCAACUACUUUGCUGCUUCAGAUUACUCUUCUUUGGAAGGUCCAUCAAUGGAUCAACUAUACAUAGCUGGAGGAAUGAUGUCGACUCGAGAUGGGCAAAUCUUGCUUGCUUCAGGAUCAACAGUUGGGGGAGGAUCUGCUGUAAAUUGGUCAGCAAGCAUCAAAACACCAGAUUCAGUGCUUACAGAAUGGUGGGUCAAUCACAAGCUACGAAUAUUUGGUGGGCCAGAGUACAGAUCCGCCAUGGAUGAGGUUUGGAAAAGGUUAGAUGUCACAGAAGAAUGCUCAGAAGAAGGGUUUCAGAAUCAAGUUUUAAGAAAAGGGUGUGAAAAUCUUGGCCUAAAAGCUGAAAAAGUACCAAGAAAUUCAUCAAAAGAUCAUUAUUGUGGUUCAUGUGGGUAUGGUUGUAGAACAGGGGAUAAGAAAGGAACUGAUACUACUUGGUUAGUUGAUGCUGUUGAUAAUGGUGCAGUCAUUUUAACCGGGUGCAAAGCCCAGAACUUCGUGCUCGAAACCAACAAAAAUGGAGGAAAAAGAUCAAAGAAAUGUAUUGGGGUUUUAGCAAAGAAUCUACAAAUUGAAUCCAAAAUUUCAAUUUCUGCUUGUGGAUCUCUGUUUACACCCCCACUUUUGAUCUCUAGUGGGUUGAAGAAUCCCAACAUCGGAACAAAUCUUCAUCUGCAUCCUACAUUAUUAGCUUGGGGUGUGUUUCCAGAAUGUUCUACACCAAAUCUGAAAGGAAAAUCUUAUGAAGGAGGAAUCAUUACUUCACUUCAUAAGGUUGCUUCUAAAACAUCUGAUGAAAUUCAUGCUAUCAUUGAAGCUACAUCACUUGGUCCUGCCUCAUUUUCUGGGUUAAUACCAUGGAUCUCGGGUCUGGACAUGAAGGAAAGGAUGAUCAAAUAUGGAAGAACAGUUAAUCUAGUUGCAUUAAUUAAAGAUCAUAGUACAGGAACAGUUAAAAAAGAAGGCAUAAUCACAUAUUCCUUAAACAAAUAUGAUAAGAAGAAUUUAGAAAUGGGUUUAAGACAAUGUUUAAGGAUCUUGAUUAGUGCAGGAGCUGCUGAAGUGGGGACAUUUAGAAGUGAUGGGCAGAGAUUGAAAUGUAAAGGGGUAAAAGCAGAGGAAAUCGACGAGUUUUUAGAGUCGAUUGUAGCGAGUGGAGGACCGAUGUCGAGGGAUGAGAAAUGGGCAGUGUAUGGAAGUGCUCAUCAAAUGAGUAGUUGUAGGAUGGGGGUGACUGAAAAAGAAGGGGCAGUUGAUGAAAAUGGAGAAUGUUGGGAAGCUGAAGGAUUGUAUGUGUGUGAUGGUAGUGUUUUGCCAACUGCUAUAGGAGUUAAUCCUAUGAUUACUAUUCAAUCUGUUGCUUAUUGUAUUGCCACUAGAAUUUCAAGUGUGUUUGAUCAAGGAAAAUAGAUGCUUUUAUUGGUAUGGGUUGCCGUCUUUGUUCCUUUACAGAUCUUGUUUAUAAUCUCUAUGAGCGAGAUACACUGGAUAUAAUGACGAUGACUUCUUAUAUUUAUAAAGAAUCACAUUUAAAAUUUCUCUUUACAUGUAUGAAAUAUUUUAAACGUAACUUACAAUAUAAAAUCAAGGGAGUAAUUGUUUUGGUAUCUUCAGCUAAUUUUUAUAGCUAUACCAUUUUAUAUAGUUUAAACUUUAAAGUUCUUUCUUCUUGUAGAGUUGCACUGUACAAUUAAUUUUUUUUGGG